AUGGACGCCGAUUCGAAAGAGGAUAUCAGAGCGGCGGAAUGGAUGGCCCAGAAUACGAAAGCCGAGAGGGGCCCGAUCGAAUGGAAUAAUGGGUCCAGCUGUCGAUACCUACGUGUCGUUGACCUCAUCCUUGAGGUCCUUAAGCUCGAUGGAAUUCCAAUCGACCCAGAUAGUCCUUGUGGAUUUGCAUCUUUGCGAAGGCGAACACGUAAAGCGCAAUUUAGCUUACGUAGAUGGUCUUCGAGCUUAAGAUACACCGUAAAUUUCAGCCUCUUAAUUUAA